AUGCAACGCUCGCCACUCCUGGCACUGCUGCUAGCCGCGGCGUCGCACGCGUUCAUCGGUCCCGCGCCGCUGCGCUGUCGAGUGCCAGUCAGCAAGAGCGACCGCGACGGCAGUAUCGACGACGCCGACGAGGCGGCGCGCGUCGCCGCCUUCCGGGCGCGGCUGCUGAAGGGCGGGCUCGACGCCGUCGCGAAGGAUGUGGAACCCACGGAGGACGACGACAGUGAUCAAGACCCUGAGUGGGCGCGCGCCGCGGAGAAGCCGCGCACGGGCGUCGUAUUGAUCGGGAGGAAAGACUGGUUCUUCGCCGACAAGCCGUCUGGUGCUGUCAAGAGCGCUCUGAAGAGAGUCGGCCUCGCGGCCGACGCGGCACAACGGAUCCCCGAGGACCGCCUCGCGGGACUGGUUCCUGUGGUCUUGAUUUUGGACGGCGCCCAACCGAAGUCCGAAGGAUUUUCCGGCGUGUUAUUGGGGAGACGGUCGGGCUACAUGAUGGGCGACCUGAAGGAGCUCUAUACCACUGGGUUUAUGCUCCAGCCUUUGUGGGUCGGGGGCCCGACCGUCGAGGACGCCUUUUCAAGCCCGAUCGAGCGCACCGUCGGCGCGCCGGAACAGGGCGCCACCACGGGCAUCGUGGCGGUCCACCCCUACGCGUCGGAGACGAUUCCGGGCUCUGUUCGACUCACGGACGACGGCCUCUACGCGGGCGGCGACUGGCGCACCGCUUCCACAUUAGUGGAAAAGGGCAUGGCGAACCCCUUCCGCUUCCGGCUCUUCGCCCAGGCGACGCGGUGGCAGCCCGGCGAGCUCGAGAAGGAAAUUCAGGGAGGCGCGUGGCUCUGCGCGGACGUGUCCACGGACCUGUUGUUGAAGGACCGGGACCGGGGCGCGCGGCCGCUUGCUUUAGACGUGCUCGAGGAGCUCGAGAAGAGUAAUUAG